GCUGUCAGCAGUUUCCGUCAACAAACAUGGCGGCCGGUCUAGUGUGAGACUACAAAGCUGUCUUCUUUAUGUCGGUAAUUUGGUAAGAUUUAGUGGCCAAGAAGUUACUUAGACGCAUACAACGGCUAAUAUAGUCAUCGCCCUCCGACGUGAGACGAUUACGUGAGGAGGAAAUAUCUUCUAUCCAGCGAAAUCGAACGGAUUCGUAUUACUGUAUCACCAAACAUUGUUACUACGGCUAUCGUUUACCUUUUAAUUGGCUUCUUUGGCUAAAUUACAGACUUCUCAAAAUUCCAUUAUGCUUCAGGAACCAGAUGAUGACUCAAUUCGUAUGAAAGUUGGUUUCAAUGGGAACAUUCUGGUGACCAGCAUCGGCAGUAAGAUCACCUAUGAGAGUCUCCGUAAGGAAAUCAGGGAUAUAUGUAAAUUUGAGCCCAAACAACCCUUUACAAUGAAAUGGGUGGAUGAGGAAGGUGAUCCGUGUAUUUUAUCCUGCCAGGUGGAGCUGAAUGAAGCUGUCAGACUUCACGAACUCAACAAGGACUCAGAACUUACCAUACAUGUGUUUCCUAAUGUGCCAGACAGACCAGGAAUGCCCUGUGAUGGAGAAGACCGUAACAUUUAUCGGAGAGGUGCUAGGCGUUGGAGAAAACUGUACAGAAUCAAUGGUCAUUUAUUCCAAGCAAAACGGUUCUCAAAGAGAGCCGUCUGCUAUUUCUGCUCCGACCGCAUCUGGGGUCUCGGCCGUCAAGGGUACAAAUGCAUCAACUGCAAGCUGUUAGUGCACAAGCGAUGCCACAAACUGGUGAAGCAAGUAUGUGGAGAGAUGCAGGUGGAUACACCACUGUUCCGCCAAGAACAGCCUGCUCUCAACACAGACGAAGCCUCUCAGAAUGGAUUACACUCUGCAGUCUUGGAAAGUGUGAAGAAUGAGAGUAGCAAUGAGGAGACAAGCCCUGCCCAGACGCCAUCAACAGAGGACACCUGGUCUGAUGUCACAUCUGACAGCUAUGCGAAAGUUGAGCUUGACGAUGGCAUGGAACGGGGACAGAUCUCGUUGGAUGACUUCACUCUUCUGCGGGUCAUCGGUCGAGGAAGCUAUGCCAAGGUCCUUAUGGUUGAGCAGAAGGUCACGAAACGCAUUUAUGCAAUGAAAGUCAUCAAGAAAGCAAUGUUUAAUGAUGAAGAGGAUAUUGAUUGGAUUAACACAGAAAAACAUGUGUUUGAGACGGCAACAAAUUAUCCGUUUUUGGUUGGGCUUCAUUCCUGUUUCCAGUCUCUCAGUCGUUUGUUCUUUGUGAUUGAGUUUGUCAAUGGUGGAGAUUUGAUGUUCCAUAUGCAGCAACAAAGGAGGUUGGCAGAGGAUCAUGCCCGCUUCUAUGCAGCUGAAAUAUCUCUGGCCCUUAACUUUCUACAUGAACGAGGUAUCGUGUACAGAGAUUUGAAAUUAGACAACGUUCUUUUAGAUUCUGAAGGUCACAUCAAACUGACCGACUACGGUAUGUGUAAGGAAGGGUUGUUUGGAGGAGAAACCAACACAUUUUGUGGGACACCAAAUUAUAUUGCUCCGGAAAUACUCCGGGGCGAGCCAUAUGAUUUUAGUGUUGAUUGGUGGGCCCUUGGUGUUCUAAUGUUUGAGAUGUUGGCGGGCCGGUCGCCUUUUGAUGUUGUUGGCAGUGAUAAUCCGGAUCAAAAUACAGAAGAUUACCUCUUUCAAUCCCGAAAGACGCGGCGUCUCUGUCAGCCGAGAUACACCGCCACGUUGACGUCUUGGGACUGUGAGAGCACGUCCGAUGACCUGCAAUCGUCGUGCAGGCAAUGCUCAAAUAGUCUCAUGCAGCACGUGCAGAACGUCCUACAUGUCUUUUGCAUCACAUGGCAACCGAGCACCACCAUCACCUCCACCACCUCCACCAACCAGAGAAACAAACUUCAUUCUGAAUUGAUUGAGCCCAACAUGUGGCGUUACCGGACUCCGCAGCAAAGUUACGUUAUUAAGGACCGAAGUUUAAUGAGAGGAAAAAGUGUGAAAUUGAUCUUGGAGAAACCAAUUAGAAUUCCUCGCUCCGUGUCUGUCAAAGCUGCAUCAGUUUUGAAGGGAUUCCUAAACAAAAAUCCAAAGGAAAGGCUUGGCUGUGUGCCCGACGCUGGGUUUGAUGAUAUCAGAACACAUGCAUUCUUCCGGCAAAUUGACUGGGAGCUGCUGGAGCAGAAACAGAUAACGCCCCCUUACAAACCUGAACUGCAGUCUGACCGUGACUUGAGGCGCUUCGACGAAAUGUUUACCAAGGAACCAGUCCAACUGACCCCAGAUGAUUCGAACAUCAUUGACAAAAUCGACCAAACAGAAUUUGACGGCUUCGAGUAUGUAAAUCCUCUGCUGAUGUCAAUGGACGACCCAGUCUGAGGCCCCAGCGCCGUCAUUGUUACCUCUUCUCCGUUCCUUAUUCUACUCCUGUCCUGUUCUACUCUUCCAAAACAAAUAAUUCUAACCUGUGACAACUUACCUAAAGACUUAAUCUUAAUCUGUGUUAAGACUGAUCUUAACAUGCAGUGACAUCUUACAUUAAGACCGAUCUUAAUCCAAAUAUGACCUGAAUUACAUCUGCCUGAUUUGAUUUGCUUCUUUUUUUUUUUUAUAUAUAUAUAU